AUGACAAACACAGCGCGGCAUAAAAGGAAACGACUAAUUCGUCAAGGGAAGAGAAAGAUCGAUGAUCACAUAGAAACAAAGUUAAUCGUGAAAAUAUUUCGAGCAUUCACAACCGAUGACAAGAACCUUUUGCAACAUCCGAACUACUACAAAGUUAUUGCAUGGACAGACCCUAUGGAUCCAUACUCAACACAAGUAUGGGUUCCCAAAGGCAACUAUUGGAACUAUGAUACAGAAUUGGUGAUUCCUUUAGAUUUUCCAGCAAAAUAUCUUUACAUAGAAUUACUUAGAAAGAAUUCUUGUAGAGAUCCUGCAACGUCACAAGGAGCUGUUGUGAUAGGUAGGGCAAAGGUUCGAUUGCCAACGGAUGGCAAGUUCUUUGGUGCAGCCCGUCUCAUCGAUUUGAACAGCGAUCUAUGUGUCGUGGAUACAGGCACUCUAGCAUUGUCUUUGGAACUACGAGAUGAUUGA